CUUCGGAUGAUUUUUAAAACAAAAAAAAAAAUGUCCCAAAAUGAUUCAAAUGGAAAUUUUUUCCCUUCUAAACGUAAAUUUAUGUAGUCGUUGCUAACUUACGUAGUUAGGAGUGAAUAACUCAUUAUAAGUUAAGUUUUUUUGUGUUAAUGUCUUUUUAUUGUUAAUAUUAGUAUACAAUGUCCAACCCCCUCAAAAUGGUCAGAAGUAAGUGCACACACGUACUGAUUAAAUUUAACACAUCGUUUAUUAUAAUGUAUUAUUCUAGCAAAAAUUAAACGAAGUAAAAGGUUAGCCAGUCAAAAUGAUAUCAAUACAAAUCAAGAAUCAAUUAAAAAAUAUUGUACAGAAAAAGUUAGUUCCAUUUUACCGUAAACUUCGAUUUUAAAACCUAAAAUGCCCAUACAAUUACAAAUACUUUUAAAUUUUAGUUAGAAUUGUCUAUCUGUUUAUUUUUCGCUUUUUAUACCUCAGCUUUGGUGUUGGUACCUAACAUUUUAGUAUUAGUUUAUGUUCAAUUGUCAAUUAUCUACCUAAUUUAUUGUAUAUUCUGUUAUAAAAUUAUCAUUUAUAUGAUUUAUUAGUUAUGUUUUAUGCUCGCUAUAUUGUUUUUGUUGAUAAAUAGAACUCUGAAUAUAAUUUUAUUUAGAUUAUUAAUUAGAACCGCUUAUGUUUGUCUAUUUCAUAAAAUUAAUAAGUAACUUGAUAUUUAAUCUUAGAAUUUUAAAAUAUUAACUUUAAUUGUUCUGUUAAGCAUUUGUUUUUAUUAUGAAUAAUACUUCUAUAUAUUUUUAUUUACAAAUUAUACAUAAAUUUUCUGAUCACAAGAAUUAUCAACUAAUAAGGAUUAGGCAUAGGCAUAGGCAAAUCACAUAUUUAAUAUCAUAAUUGGAAAUACGGGGGUCGGUUGCAGGGUAUACAACUGUAUGCUCUAAUUUUUAAUUAUGAUUUUAAUACUUUUAAAAACUGGUUGUGCAGUUUUUAGUUAUAAACAAUAUUUAUAAUUAAAAUGUCAAGCAACACAUGAAAAAGUUAUCUAUUUAAGUUAAGAAAUUAAUGAAAUACAGUGCCUGUUUAAAAUUUUAACUAGAUUGCCAGAAUCUUUUUAAUAUCUUCAUGGUCAAUUGGUAACAUUUAGCUGUUGGAAAUUAAUUUUUUUAUAAACAUCAAUUGAUGGGAGUGCAGAUUUAGAUACUGCAUAUCCAGAAUACAUUUUCUGGUUCCAUUGAAAUAUAAAUACAAUCUUAUUUAAAUAACUUAAGUUUAUUAUUUCAUGAUGAGUUUUUUUUAUUCAAAAAUUAUCAAAUAUUCAUAAUAUUUUAUUUAUGUAUAAAUAAUUUGAAAAACAAUUUAUUUUUUUUUUCUGGUUUAAUAUUCAUUUUUAAUAGCCUAUGUCUGUAUAAUAAUUUACUUUUUAUUUAUUUGUUUUACCAUCAUCCAACAAUACAAAUUUUACUAUUUUAAUUGACUAUCAACGAUAAAAGAUAAAAUAGUUAAUAUUAGAAAUUUAAAGUAAUGCCUGCGAUGAUUGUAUCAACUGCGUAAUUAUUAUUAUUAUCAGAUAUUACUAGAAUACUUGCAAAAUUAAAUUGUUGCUUUAAUGACCAAUUAUUCAUCAAUUAAAUCAGAACUAGAAGUAGUAUAUUUGGAACAAGUCUUGUUCAAGCAAUAUUUUUAAAUUUUUUUUUUCAAAUGUGUGAUUUUUAGUACUGAAUAUGAUAGUAUUUUUAAAAACAAAUUCUCGUAGUUAUUUUUCUAAUUGUAUUUUAUAGUUUAGUGUUAUUAAAGAAUACCCAUUAAUAUUAAAAUGUAGAUUGUAUAACAUGUCUAAACUGGUUAGGCAAGUUUACCAAAAACAUUAUUCUCACUAGAUGCUCAAUUAAUUUUUUGACAGAUAUUGAUAUGUCAACAAAUCAAUUCUAUUAUCGUUUUGCAGGUUCACUGGCCAUCUAACAAAAUCUACUUUUAUAAACUCAUUCUAAGUAUUAUAUAAUUAUAAGUUAUGUAUUUAAAUUUUUAAAAUAAUGUAUCAUUAAUGAUUGAAAACAUUGGAUUUAAUAAAUAUAAGAGUAAACAAUAAUAUUUUAGAAACAUUUAUUCAAUCGCAAUUUAAAAUCAAAUACCUUACUAUACAUCCCUAUUAUUUUUUAUUAUUUUUAAUGUUUGAUAACCUUAAAACAAAUACAUCAAACAUUUUAUUUUCUAAUAACUAAUAUAAUAUUAAAUCUCUAUACAAAUCAUACAACUUUAUUACUUAAUAUUUAUGAAGUAAAUAAUUUAUACCUAGGUAUAUAGUUAUAGCAUAAUUGCAUGAGCUUUUAAACAAAUCAACUAUUCAGCAUCUAUAUUAGUGUAUUAAUCAAUACUAAAAUAAAUAAGUUAGUGUCUCAUAAAUAUAAAUUCUUUUAGAAAAUCUACAAGAAAAAAAAUCAUCAUGAUAAAACGAAGAAAACUAAAUGUUUAAAAACUAAAAACAUACAAAAUUCAUUGAACUCCAGCCCAAUUGUUUUAAAUAAUAGUAAAUAUAUGAAUAUUAUUAUAUUUUUUUUUAUUAUUAUUAUUAUUAUUAUUAAUAUUUCUGUUGGUUAUAUCUACUAAUUUAUAUAUGUGGUUUUGUUAUCUUUUUUAAAAAGUUAUGUACUAAUAUUUUGAACUUUUAAUUUUUUCUUAACUAGUCAAUUUAGCAUUGAUUUUUAUAAUAUUUUUGUCAUCAUUUAUCAAAGACCACUUAAUUAAAUUAAAAUGUGAGCUAUGUGGACAAAGUAUAUUUUGAGGAUAGGUCAGAGUACACUCUAUAAAACAUUAAAGUAGAAGUUAACAAAAUUUGUAUAAUAUUUGAGGUAAUAAUGUGUUUAUGUAAUAAUAUUUAUGUCAACAUUUUUUUUUCUGUUUGAAUAAGGAACAAAUGUUAGGUACUUUAUAGCUAUUUAGCUAUUUUAUAAAUUUAAUUUAGAGCCCAUAGCUUUUAUUGGGAUAAAUGUAAAAAUUUUAGAUAUUUAUGAUAAAUAUAACCAACAAACUAAUGUAUACCAAAUAAAAUUAACACGUUGGUAGGUACUUAAUUUAUAUUAAUAAAAAUGAUUUUUUUAUUUUAAGAUGAUGAUAGAGAAAAUCUCUUGAUGGAUCAAAAUGUUCAAAAUAACCAUACAUCAUAUAAAAUCAUCAAAUUAUUAAGUCCUACUAAAAUUAGUGUUAAAACAUUCUACAAUUAUGUAAGUACAUUCACAAUUCAUACAUAUUGUGCAUGCUACUACUGUAAUAUACAUUUUUGGAUAAUAAAUUAAAUAAUAACAUUUUGUGUACUUAUUCAGAAUAAUUUGAAACAGUAUGAAGAAAGUUUGCGAGCUAAGAAAAAAAUAAAAAUUGAUACAAAUGAAAGUGAAGGUGUUUUUAUUUUAUUUUAAUUUGGUGUAUUUUAUUUAUUUAAAAUAAAUAAUACUAUUUUCAAAUGUCCAUACAAUAGAUACUAAAUGUUUGUCAAAAAAUGACACUAUUUUGAACAAUGAAAAACCUUACUGCAGAGCCAAAAAAAACCUUAGAGUUCAUUAUCAAAAACCAUAUAAUUUGAUUCCACAACUAAACAAAGGUAUAAUUUUCAAAAAUAUAAAAAUAAUAUUAUUAUUAGUAUUCAGGCCUUAUUUUUUCAUAAUUUUUUUUUAACAGAACAUAAAAAGAAAUUAAAAUCCCAUAAUGUAAACUCUAAGGAUAAAUAUAGAAGGGAACAUAAUUCUGAGAAUGAUCAAAUACAUUUAAAUACUUUACAAUCAGAAAGUAGGUUUUCUUUAUUAACAAUUCACACUUUGAUUAUAAUUACAUUUACUAUUGUUUUUAUGAGAUAGAAAUAGUAUCAAAUGAAUAUCUUGUGGAAGAAUAUCAAGUAACACAAUCUACAAAUAACACUGUGUCAAUAUCUGUUAAACGUUUUUAUAAAAGUGUAAGUUAUAUUUACUUAUUUAUUUAUUGAAAUGUAAUUCUUUGGGUUACGGUAUUCAACUAUUAAUUAAACAUCCUUUGCUUUGUCUAAUACCCUAAAAUCAUUUUUAUCAGUGCUUGAUUUAUUUAUUUUUAAUCAAAUUAACAAUAUUAAGUUAUUGUUUAAAUUUUGCUUUUAUUUGGUUUGCAAAAUUUGUUAAUUACAAUAAGCUUGUUGGUCACUUGUCACUUAUUGGUUUUAUACAUUUCCAGGUGAUUGUUAUGUUUUAAAGUAUUUUUAAUUUCUUUGUUCUGACCUAAAAUUGUAAAUUAUUAUUUCUUACUUAUAAAAUAGUCAUAAUGUUCUACCUAUGUAUAAUUUGUAUUGCUUUAAUUCAAAAUUAUUAUUUUUAAGAUUACAUUGAGUAAAAACUUUCCAUAGCUGAAGUUAGUAUUAUAUUUUUUAAAUCCACCUUUACUAACUUUCUUUUUUUUUUUACAGAAAAAUCCAUCUACUGCUCAUGACAAUGAAAAGGUUACCAAAGAUAUGCCACUUAUUUCUGAUACCACAUUCAACUCCAGUAGGUUCCCUUUUACAUUAAAAUUUAUAAUUUCUUUAUUAUUAUUAUUAUUUUUUUUUUUACUUAUUUAGAAGCAGAUUUCAAUCAAUCUCCAUCAUCAAAAUUAAAUAGUAGUCAUAAAAUAAGGUAUUUGAAUAUAAAUAUAACUAAUAAUUAAAUAUAUGUUUAUAGAACUGUACUAACAAAAAUAUAAUUAAAUAAAAAAUGUUAUAGUUUAAAUGUGAAAUCACAUAUAAGCAAUACAACCAAUGAUAACCAGCAAAAAGUGACAUCGUUUUUUCCUAUUCGAAGAAGUGCUCGCAAAACUAAAAACAUAGUUAAUGAAGAAAAACAAAUUGCUCUAGAACAAGCUAUUGCUUCACAAAAUGAAGAUGGAUUAAAAGUAAUAUAUAUAUAUAUAUAUAUACUAAUUAAAAGAAUGUAUAGGUUUAUAAUUUAGCCUAUUUUAUUAGGUAGCAGAAUUUCCCAAUAAAGGUCGUGGUAUAAUAGCUGAUAAAGAUUUUGCACGCGGGGAAUAUGUUGUUGAAUAUGCUGGUGAACUGGUUGGUUUGCAAGAAGCUCGUAAAAGAGAAGCCAUUUAUUCUCAAGAUAUUACUACUGGUUGUUAUAUGUAUUACUUCAAAUACGGUUCAACUCAUUAUUGGUAAGAAAAAUAGAUUAUAUAUUGUAUUUAUUAUUUGUGCAAUUUUGAAUUAGGUUGUGUUUCCAGUAUUGAUGCAACAGCUGAAUGUUCAAGACUUGGUAGACUUGUUAACCAUUCAAGAUUUGGUAAUCUAGGACCUAAAAUUGUAGAAAUAUCAGGAUUACCCAGAAUUGUGUUGGUUGCAAAAACAGAUAUUAAAAAAGGUGAAGAGUUAACAUAUGAUUAUGGUGAUCGCAGCAAAAAAUCUCUCAUAUAUCAUCCAUGGCUUGCUUAUUGAAAUGUAUAUAAAAUCUGUAAUAGUGUAACCCAUGUAAACUUUUUUUUUGAUUUAUUAUGUAUUUAUUUAUUUAUUUUAUUACUUUUUUUUUUUUUAUUAUUAUUUUUAAUUAUUAUUUAACAUUGAUAAAACAAUUUUAAAAUAUUCACUGCCAAUAAGAAUAAUACAUUUAUUUAAUUAUUUCUAAAGAUUCAAUGUGACAAAGUUAAAUUAAAACAAACAAAAAAUAUUGCAAUUAUAUACUGUUUAUAUUUUAUUUUUUUGAUUUUUUUCUGUUAACAACUUUUCUAUUGGAAAUGUUGAUCUGAUCAUCCAAGGUUUCUGGUAACAUUUUUUUAUUUAAUUUUAUUUGUGUGUCAUUUCAUUAAAAUUUUAUCAUGUUUAACUACCAUAUAUUCUCCUAGCCCAAUUGAAUUGUCUUGUAAUAAAUAAUUUUGGUUAAGUAAUUUUAAUACAUAAUACUAUGUGAAGGGUCAACAUUAGUGUUUUUGCCUGUUUGGGGGGCAGAUUAUGUCUGAUACGAAUAUUUUGACUUUUGACAGUAACAGAGUAAUUCUGUCCUUCUCACCGGCAAUAUUACCUCGACAAUUGAUCCUUAGUCUAUUCAUUAUGAAACUAGAGUUAUUUGUGAUAAAAUUGUGUUCAACUCUCAUUAGUUUCUCACAUUAGAUAUAUAUGUAUUAUUAUUCUUAAUGCAUGUUCUAUUUAUAGUUAAUAUUUACAUUGUAAAUUGCUCAGUAUAAAACAAAAUUCAUAAAUUAUCAUAUUUUUUGGCCAUGUUAAAUAAUUUGUUUGUUGUUUUCUUAUAAUUGUAUUAAUUUGUAUGCAUUUUUAAGUUAAAAUUGUUAUUAUUUUUGAUAGUGAUAAUGGUCAUGUUUAUGGAAAACCUGAGUAAGUAUUUUUAACACAAAAUUAUCAAUGAAACAUGCAUCAUACGUUAUUUAUAAAAUUGUGUUAUUUUUUUACUUGUUAUUUAAUUAUACUAUAUUAAAUUUAAAUAUAAACUUUGGUAUUUAUUUAAAUAAUAAAUAUUUAUUUUUAUACAUUCGUACUAAAUAUUCA